AAAAGCCAAAUAAACAAAUCUCGAAAAACAAAAAUUCACCCAUCGCUGCGACAUGACAAUCAGUGGCAGCAUCGCCUUUAAUAUCGAUAUUCGGAUGAUAAUCUCUCCCACUGGUCAAACUCUAACUCGAUUUCUUCCAAAACCCCUCUCUUCUAUUCUCUCCAACGCCUCCAUUUCCACCUCAAUUCAUCGCUCUCUUCCUUCCCGCGAUAUGGAUAAUGGUGCCGGUCUUAGUUUGUAUCCACUGCAUCGGUGCAAAACAAUUCACUUGGUCAGGCAUGCGCAGGGGAUCCACAAUGUUGAUGGAGAGAAGAGUUAUAAAGCAUACAUGCGUCCUGAAUUUUUUGAUGCUCACAUUACACAGCUUGGAUGGCAGCAGAUUGAUAAUUUGCGUAAGCACGUUCAUGCAUCUGGUCUUUUGAGGAGGAUUGAGUUGGUUGUAACAUCUCCUUUGCUCAGGACUCUACAAACCACUGUUGGAGUAUUUGGUGGUGAAGGUUAUACAGCUGGAAUGGACGUGCUGCCGCUAAUGAUAGCAAAUGCAGGCAAUAGUGCACGAGCUGCAAUUUCAAGUCUAAACUGCCCGCCUAUUGUUGCUGUUGAGCUUUGUCGUGAACAUUUGGGAGUUCAUCCUUGUGAUAAGAGGAGAAACAUCAGUGACUAUCAAUUCCUCUUUCCUGCAGUUGACUUUUCACUGAUAGAAAGUGAUGAGGAUGUACUGUGGAAGGCCGAUGUUAGAGAGACAAAGGAAGAACUGGCAGCUAGAGGAUUGCAGUUCCUAAAUUGGCUGUGGACAAGGAAGGAGAAGGAGAUAGCCAUUGUUACUCAUAGUGGAUUCUUGUUUCAUACUUUAACUGCGUUUGGAAAUGACUGCCACCCUUUGGUGAAAAAGGAAAUAUGCAAGCACUUUGCAAAUUGUGAGCUUCGUUCCAUAAUCAUAGUUGAUAGAAGUAUGGCCGGGUCGGAUUUCUCAACGACUAAUUAUCCUGGAAAGAUACCUCUGGGACUGGACAUGCCUAGUGAUGGCGUGGACGAUAAAAGCAUGAUGGAAGAAAAACAACUAGCUGACUCUGACCCAAAGGAAAACGAAAAGAUGUAAGUCUGAUACGGCUAUAGACAGAGGGAAUAUUCAAAUGUUGAGAGUCAAUUAUACAAACAAGUAUUUUGGAACUGCCUUAUCUAGACUCAAUGCAGCACACGCUUAUUUAUUUACUUGAAAUAUCUACACUUCAAGAAAAUUGUGCUUGGAGGAUUUAUCCAACCCUGAACAGGUGACAUCCAUUAUCUUGCAGCAGAGCAACAAAGUUUACACUAAAUAUAUGAAUAUUCCUUUUUCUUAUU